AACGUUUUGUCGAUCAUCAAAAAAAAAAAUGGAGAUAGAACAAAGAGGAGACUUGAGUUCUUUAAAAAAUCCAGGCUUGUCAAGCAUAGAAGAUGAAUCAUUUAUGAUGUAUUCCCUGCUGUAUUCAUGUGUUUCAGUACUAUUUGGAAUAUCUGUGUUACUGAAAUUUCUUAACAGUGAGUUGCGACUUGGUUUUAGAUCUGUUUUGAGUUUGGUAAUUCUUUUUGUUGGAGAACCAUUAUGCCAGUUUGCUAUUCAGGGACAUAUGGGUUUUGCAGGAUUUGCCUGUGGUUGUUUGAUUUUGUAUGCAACUUUACCUGCAAGCCAUCUUGAUGCCAAAGAUAAAACUGUGCUUAUUACUGGUUGUGAUUCUGGUUUUGGACAUGCUUUAGCCAAGCACUUUGACCAGCUGGGGAUGAGAGUUUAUGCCACUUGUCACCAUGGGAACAGUGCAGGCUCCCACAUACUGCAGUCUACAUGUUCUUCAAGACUUAAGAUAUAUGAAAUGGAUGUCACUAAUGAGAAACAAGUAGAUAAGGUUGCAGAAAUGAUAGAAUGUGAUGUUGGAAAUGAUGGUUUGUGGAGCUUAGUUAACAAUGCUGGGAUCUGGUACUGUUCUGAAGCUGACAUGAUGUCCAUGUUACUGUUUAGGGAAGUAGUGGAAGUAAAUCAGUUGGGGACUAUUUAUGUUACUAAAGCUUUCCUACCUCUUUUGAAAUUAUCUCAAGGAAGACUUAUCUUCAUAUCAAGUGUAGUUGGAAGAAUGCCUUUGCCCCAUUUUGCUGCCUACAGCAUUGCGAAAGCUGCAGUUGAAGCUUUUGCUGAUGUUUUACGACAUGAAAUGAAAAAAUGGAAGGUUUCUGUAUCAGUAAUAGAACCUAACUGCUUUUAUACUGAAGCUAUUGUUCGUCGAGCAGAAGUUUUUCAAAAAGUCUGGGACCACAUGGACCACACAAAGAGAGAACAGUAUGGUCAAAAAUAUUUUGAUGCUAUUGUUCAAAAGUAUGAUUCCUUAGCAGUUACAUUUCCACAAGACCUGAGUCCAGUAAUACGCUGUGUUAAAAGUGCUUUGUUGUCUAGGAAGCCACGACCUAGAUACAUCACGGACCGAGGGGCUGAAUUCUUGAUGUGGUUACAUUCUGUCUUACCCACUUGGCUUGGAGAUAAGUUAGUGGAUACUGUUGACGUGGUUACUCCCAAGUCUAUCCGCCCUAAAACACUGAUGAGAUCAGCAGUGUAAGAAUAUUUUAGUCUACGUGGCUUGUAAUACAGUUGUAUCGAAUGAUCUCUCAAAAUUGAAUUACAUUAAUGUGUUUAAUUAUUAUAACCCGAUUUAGCUAUCUAGUGAAACGAUAGAAAUGAGAUAAUUAUAACCAACUACCCCACAUUGUUCUAACCCUGUAACUAAAACUAUUAGUACAAAAUAUUAUCAUUUUUAAGAAAAUACAUAAACAGUAAUGCAAGAAUGUGGGUUUGCAUUAGCUUAGGAUGGGAAGAAAAUAAAAGUAAAUGUGUGUGUGUGUGUAUUCUGUUUGUUUUUUUGUUUUGAGACUGUCUUCAUCUUCUUUCAACUUUGUAGGCAAAUAUAUUGAACUCCAAAAAUAUUUUAUUCUGCUGUAUACUAUAGCACAACAUUAGCAUUGUUUAACCCCCAAAAAAGUCUGCUUUUAUCUUGUAGACCAGUGAAAUAUGAAUAGUUUUUAAUUUCUGAAACAUUUUUAUGGAUGCUAAGAACUUAAUUUACUUCCCUCUGCUGUAGUAGUUUUUUAUUACAAUAAUACUGAUAAUAAGUUUAUUUAAUAUUUGCUGUUUUAACAAAUCUUAAGCUUGACAGUCUAAAAUUAAAUUUUCUGUGAUAACCCUUGUAUUUGAUUUAUCAAAACAAUAUCUUUUGCAUCAACAUCAGCAUUUGUUUUUCGAACUUAGGUUCAUUUUUGUUGUACUUCGAGAUUAUACCACCCAGUAGUACCCUAUUUUAAUAUUAACUUUCCAUUUAAGUCUACCAUGUGUAUUUUUUGUAAAGUGAUCAGAAAUAUGAAAGUCAAAAUAAUCACGGGCUUGUAAUUUAAGGUUGCGUAAAAAUAACAUGAUGUAUGAA